UCUGCACACGUAUUCCACAGGAGCGCCUGUAAGGGAAGGCCCAGGGGGAACCUCAGGACGGCCACCAUGUCCCAGGCCACCACCUGCCUCAAGCAGCAGGGGGAUGGCGGGGAGAGCCCCCCACCGCUGCCAUCACCGCCGGCAUCCCCGCUGAUUUUCCCUCUGGAGACGCUGUUCCGACAGGCAGGUGGGGUCACCUACCGCAUCCCGGCUCUGCUCUACGUCCCCCCGGAUGAUUCCUUCCUGGCCUUUGCCGAGAAGCGCUCCUCGCCCCGGGACGAGGAUGCCAAGUACCUGGUGCUGCGGCGGGGCCGCCGUCAGGGCUCCUCUGUCAAGUGGGGUCCCGUGGAGGAGCUGUCGGCGUUGGCGCUGCCCGGCCGCCGCACCAUGAACCCCUGUCCCCUCUACGACGCCGAGAGCGGCACCGUCUUCCUCUUCUGCAUCUGCGUGGAGCAGGGGAAGACGGAGCGGCGCCAGAUCUGGAGCGGGCGCAGCGCGGCGCGUCUCUGCUUCGCCGCCAGCGCGGACGGCGGCCGCGGCUGGAGCGCGUUGCGGGACGUGACGGACGAGGCCAUCGGCGCCGACCUGUCCCGAUGGGCCACCUUCGCCGUGGGGCCGGGCCACGGGAUACAGCUGGACUCGGGGCGGCUGGUGGUGCCGGCCUACACCUACUACGUGCACGGCUGUCUGUGCGGGGCCCUGCGGCUGCCGUGCUUUACCCGCCAGCAUUCCCUCGUCUUCUACAGCGACGACGGCGGGCGCCGCUGGCACAAGGGAGCGCCGCUGGGCGGAGAGCGGACGGGCGAGUGCCAGGUGGCCGAGAUCCGCGGCGCGGAGGGGCCCCUGCUGUACUGCAGCGCCCGGGCGGCGCGGGGCUGCCGGGCCGUGGCGCUCAGCGCGGAUCGCGGGCUGCGCUUCCAGCGGCCGGCGCCGUGCCAGGCGCUGGGGGAGCCGCCGCGGGGCUGCCAGGGCAGCGUGGUCAGCUUCGCCGCGCCCGACGGCGCCGCCGAGGCGCCCACCUGGUUGCUCUACUCCCACCCCACCGACCGGCGCCGCCGGCGCGAUUUGGGCCUCUACGUGAACCCCUCGCCGCUGGACGGGGCGGGCUGGCGGCGCCCGUGGGUGCUGCACGAGGGCCCGGCCGGCUACUCCGACCUGGCCGUCUGCCCCGGCGGCGUCUUUGGGUGCUUGUUCGAGUGCGGCGCCAGCAGCGCCUGCGAGCAAAUCGCCUUCUGCCUCUUCACCCUGGAGCCCUCCGGCCGUCAGAACCUCAAGGCCUCCUAAGAUAGACCCGUUCUAGGCAGCGCGAUCGCUGCUGGACCCGGCGAGCGCGGCAGUGCCGAGACCUCGCCGGGAUAUUUCAAGCGCUCCAGAGGCUCAGCGUCGUGAACCUUUUAUUUAAUUGUGUCUUUUUAAUCGCCUGUCAGAUGUUGACCUGCGGCAGCGGAGGAUCUGCUCGGGGUUGGCCAAGGGGGAUGCCGGCACAGCGUAGGAAAUGCCGCCGCUUCUCCAGAAAUCAGCAGUUUUCAUAUGGUAGCAGCUGAAAAGCAGAAGGUGCCAGCAAGAACAGCUGAUUCCAUGAGGGAAAAGUACCCAAAAAUCUUGGUUUAGUUAUAAUAUUCCAGUUUCUGCAUUCCUGCAGGUGGCAGAGAAUUCCCAGUUUUUACCGCUUUUUAUCCUGUUUUCUUCACUUGCCUGCUUUAGACUGAGUUUCUCCCUGCCUCCUGGGGAAAAGCACUCGAAUCUCAGGGGGUUUGGGGGGAGUGUUGGGGGGUGUUUCAUUCUGCUCCAUAGGGAGCAGGUUGUAGCAUUCCGACAGUGACAGUGACCUCAUCCCCGUACUGCUUGUCAAAUAAAUUUCUCCCAAAACAUGUGAAACGCAGCCACAGGGAACAUCCCAACGGAGCUGACCCUGCCCCCGAAAGAUGCAGGAUGGCCCCAAGCACAGCACCUCCCACUCCAUCUUGGUGCUGUUUUGUGUGUGGAGAGACAGGAUGGGGGCAGACAGGAUUAGUGCAAGGCGGGAUAGGAACAGGCAGGAUGGACAGAAGGUCAAAUGGAGACGGGCGCAGGCAGGAUGGGGGGCAAGAUGGAACGGGGACAGGCAGGAUGGGGCCAGACAAGAGAAGGACAGAAGAGAAAAUAGGGACAGACAGGAGCGGACAGGCAGGAUAAAGCUGAGGGCAGAGCAGGAUGGGGCCAGGACAGUACAGGAAAAGGGGCAGGGACAGCCAGGAUGAGGCUGGGGCAGGACGGGGACAGAGAAGAGGGGCACAAGCAGGGCAGGGACAGAGGGGCAGAUUGGAAUGGGGACAGGGACAAGCAGGACGGGGACCAGCACCACGCCGCCCUCCCCAGCCAGCGUGGCGGAUCCGGGGCACCCCCCACCCUUUUCCCCCCAAAAGGCGGGG